AUGCCCCAACCACAACAAAUAGUCGACGCGUUAUCAAUUCUAAACGAUAACACUAAGACACUCGACGCUAUUAACACUUCAAUCACUCAUUUGGUUCAACGGUCAGAGGUUUUCUCUUUACUCACCGGACUCACUAUUUUACUCGACUCACAACUCCUCACACAAACACAACUUUUGACUCUCUGCUUUAUACUCUCAAAACAAGCUUCUAUUACGUCAAACCCAUUCUUUAAGGUACUUGUCAAAGAGCUCCAAAAGGCAGAAGCGUUCGACAAACAGUUCAUUUUAUCGUUGUUUGCUUCAGUAUGCCCACAAGAUAAAUCUCUCAGCGAAAUUAUUGCAAUGGGCAAACUUCAAGUCCCUCCAGUAGAUAUCACCGCAUUAACUAAUGAGUAUGAGACAAAUGUUCCAUGUAACGUCCCAUCAGUCCAACCCAUAUUUUCGGACCCCGACGAAUCCGCCCCAAAAGACAGAGAUAUCUUAAAAAUGUAUGACAUCCCUCUUCCUGGCCCUAUAUUCCCUCCUUUGAAUGCUCCAACACCAACACUCUUAAUGCCUGGACAUGACGAGUUGAUGUUCUUAAUUCCAGAAAUCAAUUUUAUGCCAAUUUUUGAUCCAACUCAAAUAUCAGCAGAGACUCUGAAUUUGGUCAGACGCGCGUCGACAGAGAAAUUGGAUGACGACGAUAAGGACGAAUUGAUGGAGUUGUUGGAAGAGGAGAAUAUAGUCAAGUACUUCGUUCCAAGUCAAAUCAGCUCGGUGAUUGAAAAUAACAAAGAAAUAGCUUCGGAGGUGUUAAAGAAGGUAGUUGGGACAGACUCGGAACACAAUUUUGUGACUGCAAUCAUCAAAAUGGAACCAACUUUAAACGUGGUCGCAACAGUCAAAGAACUCUUACUGAAAAAUGCUAAGACGUUUGAGUCGUUUACACUAAGAUUGGUUGAUUUCACAAUGAAAGAAAAAGAGAAUAACAAGAGGUAUAUCAGAGUCGUAUGUGACUUCUUAGACACGUUUAUUCGAAUGGAUCAGAAGGUGGAAGGGGAUGUGCACGAUAGGAUCAUUGCCUUUUGUGAGAAGUUUAGUACUUUCAAAGAAACGGCGUCUAUUUAUAAGCUACUCAUGAAAUGA